AAAGAGAGAUAAGAGAACUGAUAAAGGAGAGGAGAAGCGCCAACCCUAACCCUGUAGAGUAGAGACGACCCUCGGCAGUGGAGGAGAUGUCGACGGACACGGGGAGGAGCUCGACGGAGUCGGAGGUGUCCGGUCUGGACUACGAGGAGACGGAGCUGAAGUUGGGCUUGCCCGGGGGGUCCAGGACCGCCGGAUCGGAGACGGAGAAGAAGAGGGGGUUCGCCGAGACCGUGGAUCUCAGCCUUGGGGCCGAGUCGCGCUCCGGAGAUCUCGGCGAUCGCUCAACCGACGACCUCGGCUCUGGCGCCGGCAAGCCCCCAGCUGCUAAGGCCCAGGUGGUGGGGUGGCCGCCGGUGAGGUCGUUCCGGAAGAACGCGUUGAAGAGCUGUACGUACGUGAAGGUGGCGGUCGACGGCGCCCCCUAUCUCCGGAAGGUUGAUCUCGAGAUGUAUGGAGGCUACCAGCAGCUCUUGACCGCCAUCGAGGACAUGUUCUCCUGCUUCACCGUCCGUAACUGUCCCAACGAGAGGAGGCUGGUGGAUCCGGUGAACGGGACGGAGUACGUGCCCACGUACGAGGACAAGGACGGCGACUGGAUGCUCGUGGGGGACGUCCCUUGGAAAAUGUUUGUUGCAUCAUGCAAGCGUCUUCGGUUGAUGAAAAGCUCAGAAGCUAUCAAUUUAGCUCCAAGGACGCCUCAGGGUUCCACACGCGCCAGGUGAAUGGAAGUUGCAGCAUCUUCAGAUGAUAAGAUCAUGUACAGGAAUGGUUUCUUGUCCUUUUGGUUUUCCUUAAGUUUUGACUGGUCUCUUGAAGAGUAGAAAUAAGGGCUUCUAUACUUGACCAUAAUUGGGUUUUGGCUUGGUGGAAGAUAUGAAUAUACACAUUACGGUUUGUUUAUUAUCAAUAAGAGCAAACUUUAUGCGUGUGGUCCAGCUAAAA